UUCACAAAUGAUGGACAAGUCCACUGAGAACCCCAGCAAUGACACGGUGUCCACCAAGAGCAACAAAUCCAUCAAGAGCGAUGAGAAGACGCCGACUGAAGGUGGCAUAAAUGUGGGCAUGAUGGAGAAGUUUAGAAGGAGCUUCCGGCUUCCAACACGCAAUCUUCGUCACCUAGUGAAUCCCAGUAAUACUGUUAAGACAGAGUUUUCUUUUAGACGGAAAGGGGACAAGGAUAGACGCUCCCCGAUAGUAGAGAAACCUAAUUUUGAGGAAUACCUUGAAAUGCAAGCCUUUUGUGAGGCCACUCAGCAACUGAUAGACAGGGAGAAACAUCUGUUUUGGGAGACAGCUGAGGCUAACAAGGAAGCAGUAGAAAAGCUUGCUGCAGACCAUAAAGCCCUUGAAGAGCGUAUAGAGCACACUGUGCAGCAGAGUCUUUCUCUCAGCAGUGAGGAAGCAUCAGUGUCUGCUCUGAAGUCUGCAGUGAAAGCCAUCAACCUUGAGGAAGAGCAGGACCAGCUGUGGAGACAAAGAUGCCAGACUCCACCAGCCUGGAGGCCCAAGAAAUGGAAGGAGCACCAUGACAAAGUGCUCCAUGAAUUAGUGUAUAGUCGUUUGGAGAACCCAUCGAGCCCCACUGGUGACCAGGUGAACCUGUCCUCGAUCCAGGCAGACAUCCAGUCCAUGGGCAGGCAGCUGAAGGAGGACCUGCAGUGGGUGGUGGAGGUGGUGAAGAACUGCUACCCACCAGAGAUGGACAUCUGUAACUUUUAUGCAAGACUGUACCAUCAAACUUUCAGCGCAAGACUCAAAAACAUUGCAGACUUUGUUCUGGAUGACAAGGACUGCAGUUUCCUCCUGCGAUGGGUGAAGGAGUUUUAUCCAGGAAUCCUUGAAAAACCUGAGCUGGCCAGUAAUAUCAAUACUGAAGCGCUGGGAAACCUGCUUCCUGACGAGUUACUGAAACCUCUGGAGGAGCAGUACCUCAGCAAAGAACAGAGCGACCUGAUGAUUUAUAUUGGCCGAGUAUUGGAUGAAGCGAAGAAAGAGUGGGAUCAAGGAAAGGAGCCGACAAGAGAUGAUGGUUGCUACAUCAGUCCUGUGGCCUAUGAUGUCAUCCAGUUUAUCAACGGCAUCGUGACAUCAGCACAUAUAACUGUAAGAGACCCGCACAAGGCCCAGAAAAUAACAUCCAACCUGACAGACUUCAUGCAGAGGUAUCAAAAUUUUCAUGAAGACGUCAUUAAGCAAAACAAGCCACGCAGCAAAGCUUUCAUAAAGGCAAACCUCAGCUGUGUCAAACAGUUCAGGGACUUCCUUGUGGACCGCGAUCUAUUCCCAGAGGAUGUGCGGGAAAACUGUUUGCGAGGUCUGACUGAGAUGAAACAGUCUGCAUACACUUAUUUAUUAAAACCUGUGCACAAGAUCCUCAAGCCACACUACCAGAAGGUGGGAACCAGUGACUGGCUGAUGAAUAACACGUUUGAGGAGCUGCUGAAUAGCACUGAAGAAGAGCUUCAAGAACUUCAGGGUUCGAGUCAGUCCUCUUACCAGGAGCUGAUUGGUCAGCUUCACCAGGAAGUGACAGAAGAAUAUGUCCGGAGGCUCCUGAAAGGAGAGGUCAAACUGAAGGACAGCAAUCAGCAGCAGAAGGCUUACGAGACUGUGAAAGAAAAUGCAGAGAAACUGCACGAGCUGUUUGCCAAAAUGGGAUCCAAACAAGACUGGUUAAAGGAAAUCCUGACCAAGAUGGCAGAAGUGCUAAAACUCCAAGAUAUUCCUGCCAUACAGAUGCAAAUUGUUUCACUGGGAUCUGCUUAUCCCGACCUCAGUGAAAAACAUGUUUCGGCUCUGCUCAGACUCAAGACAAACCUCUCCAAAGCCGACAGGAAAAUCGUCAAAACCACUCUGUCGGACACACUGAAAGAGAGCCGUGCUGAUCCUGGAACCCGGAAGUUUUUCUCCAAAGUUGAAGUGAGAUGAGCCGCACAUUUGCUUCUUAGAGUAUCACUGACUGAGAGUUUGGUUGCACAGCAGCAAUAUUAUUGUGUAUUAUAUUGUGUCACAGUCUCUCUGUAAAGACAUACAGAGUGAAUGCCAUGGAAAAACCUUCAUAUGUUACUUAGACUGAAAUCCCUAUUAUACGCAGACUCUGUGAUGGUGAAUGCUUGUUGUAAUUACUAUAGUCAAUAAUGUCAAUAAUGCUGUUAAUUAGAGUGAAAAGGAGGAUUUCUUUCAAAUGUGGCACUGGAAACCAAACUGUCUAGUCCUUGUCUUAUUUCUAACCUUAAACGAAAAGGAGAAAGGGAAUCAGGAGACAUAAACACUGCUCUUGAUAGCACUCACAUAAAGACUGACUGUGUGUCUGAAAGUAUCAAGUAUCAUUUUUAUUUUUUUUAAUUAUUAUGGGGAGUUAUUUGGAAAAACUAGUGUAUGUCAUGUUCCUUAGUCAUUUGACCCAGCGUUUUGAAUUUUAUGUAUUUUGAUUUUUAUGUUUAAGUUCAUGUAGUCAUCUUUAGCUCAUCUAUUUUAAGUUGCCUAGGUUGCCCAGUUAAAGUUUAUUUUCUGUUAUAUUCCCUUUGUGUCCUCGCCUCAUGUGUUUAUGUCUCCCAUGCCCAUCAUGUGUUUUAGUAAUGUCUUGGUCUCCCAUCUUCUUCUCUUGUUUACAUGUUUUCCCUCAUGACUCUUUCCAUCCGUCAUGUGUUUUUCCACAGCCAUCCUGUUCUGUGCUUGGUUAUGUCUGUCUCAUCUCCAGUUCCCUUUUUCCUAUGUGUGUAUUUAUAGUGUUCCUCAUCAGU